UUCUAACCUGAAUUUGCAUUUACAGUGUGUUAAUAGCUAUUGUUACCAAUGAAUAUUAAGUAAAAUUUGUAAAAUAGUAUGAAUUUUAAAGAGCAACUAUAAUAUUUUAGUAUAAUCGCAAAUACGUUCAGUAUACUUAUCAAUAUUACAAAUGUGGCCGAAAUAAUGGCCAAGGUUGAUAAUUUUAACAUAAAAUGAAACAUCAAGUUUCAGAGGAUGACCCCGGAGAAAGGUAUGAGAAGUUUAGCAGCUUCGUGGACGGGUGUUUCAUUCCUCCAUGGGACCACGUCGUUGAGUUUACGACAAAAGAUCACAAGUAUUUGAACGAACUAAUCCAUUUGGGAGAUUUGUGGCAGGACCCAUCAGGCUUAAUGGAACUGAACACAAGACAAAAAAAGCGAUUUUCACGCUGGGUUAGGUACUUUGAACUGUGUGACCAGUUAACAUUCUUUAACUCAGCCCCAAGUUCAGAAAGGAUACUUCAAGGCUACGUAGGAGAUUGCUCGACAGUUUCUAGUCUUUCAAGCUUAGCAGAUUAUGAGAAGAUUUCCGGUGUUUCAGUCCUGACUGACAAGAUAAAGUUGAUAGAUUUGGAAAAAACGGGUCUUAAUCUGAUGAGUUUGGGGUACCCAGAAGAGUGUAUUAAUUACUUUGGAGGGUACAAGAUAGCAGUUGGAGUUAGGAUAUUCUUUAACGGGUGUUCAAGGUGUAUGUUUAUUGACGACUGGGUCCCCGUUAGAAGUGAUGAUACUUUACUUUGUGCACACUCUAAGGAUUUUAGUGAGCUUUGGGUAACUUUGUUUGAAAAGGCCAACGUGAGGUUAUCAGGUCAUACAUAUGCAAUCAAGGGUACAAACCCAGGAGUUGAUAUUUAUCACCUCACAGGAUGGAUACCUGAAAUUAUACAGCUUCCUCCUUUUCAUUUUAAGCUACCAAACGAUCACUCAAAAUCAUCAAUGACUGAUAAUAUAAAACAGAAAGUGUACGACUCGCCCAGUGAUAUAACGAAUAUUCAUAAGUGGGAGACUAUCUGGGAAUGCAUCCUGUAUAACUUUAAUAAAAACUGCGUAUUGUGCCUUGGCACUAAUGAGUUGUAUGAUGCUACAAGUAAUAGCUUUUAUAUUGAAGGUAUUUCCGCUUCAUCAGGGAUAGUAAGUGGUCAUGCAUACAGUGUAUUAAAUGUAUUGGAUUUAUGUGUAUCUGGAAUCAAACAUAAGUUGUUGUUACUCAAAAACCCUUGGGGGAAAGUUAGCUCAAAAAUUGAAAUUGACCCAAUGAUCCUCUCAAUUCUUCCCUCCAACAAUAAUAAUACAAGUGAUACUGGAAUAUUCUGGAUUGAGUGGGAUAGUGUAUUGAAGUGGUUUUCACAUUUGUACUUUUGUUGGAAUACUGAUACGUUUGAAUUUGUGAAUAAAAUACAUUUUAACUGGGGGAGGAAUGACUAUUUCAUAAGGUCUCCAGUGCCUGAAGAUUCUUAUUUAUCCCUGUUUAAUCCACAGAUAUUACUUUCAUUUCAAAAUGAACAUACUGAUGAAGAUUUAAACACGGAUAUGGAGGAUAAGAAGAUGACUAAUAGAACUGGAUUGAACGUGUUAAACUCAAGUAGGGAAGAAGAUGAAGGGGAUUAUGUGUUGAUUUAUGCUAUGCUGAUUCAGAACAGAAGAAAGCUGGGAGAGAAGAUGAAGUAUUUGGCUACACAUAUUUUCGAGGGUAGUUAUAGAAUAAUAAUACCAAAUAACCCACUGAUCAACGGAGUGUAUAAUAAUAGCGAGAUUAUACUGACCAAGUUACUAAUUUGUUCAACAGAUUGUUCAGAUUAUGAAAGGAGGGAGCAACUUCUAAAGUACGGGAGAUAUCAUCAAAUAGAUAAUAACACCCCUGCAAUUAAUUUAAUCAUGCUGUUAUGUUACUACAUGAGAAAGAUGCAAGAGAAUUCCAAUUUCACGCUCAUUACCUACUCCAACAAACCAAUCAAGUUAUUUCCACUAUCAGACCUAAGUAAUAAGAUAUAUAGUGAGUUUAGUAACAUGGUGUAUGAUUAUAGAUGGAGUAGUUUUAAUAACGGAAUGAACCCGAAUGAGAUUUGGUCAUUUUUCACUAAUCCGCAAUUUCGACUCGAGAUUAAAAGGGAUACUAACCUUAUUAUUCUGUUGGAAACAGAUUCUGAAAUUUCAGUAAACCUGAGGUUAUUUUUUGGAAGAUUAGCAACAAUUAGGUCAUUGAGAACAAAACAAGCCAAAUCCUCAAACGAAUAUAAGCUCUACUGCUGUUCAAUUCAGGGUUACUUUAAGAAAGGUACAUACACACUAAUUCCGUCAAAUUUUAACGGAAUAGAGGCCAGUUUUAGGUUUAAUUUUUUCUUUCAAGGGCCACAGAAUGAUACUAUACACGUUUAUCCCAUUCCGUACCCACUGAUUAAACUGCACCACAUAGGCAGUGAAGGUUUAAAUUCCAGAACUAAGGUUGUUGACAGAGAAUAUAAAAUUGAUGAAACAAGUGAUGAACUGGUAGAAGGACCUGUUUCAUAUAAAAUUCUGAACUUUUACCAUGUAAGUGUGGUGAGGAUGUCAAGCCAUUACCUUGACUUCACUGUUGAUCAGGUCACACUGCUCUCAAUUAAAAUCCACGUGAACAGCAUAAAUGAUAACAAAUUCGUGCUAUUCUCAACUAACACAAGUUACCCCAACUUAUCUUUAAGCAGUUGCAGUAUAGAAAGUAACUCCGAAAAUGCUGGAGAUUUAAAUUUCUGUUCCGAUGUCUGCUGUUUUUCGUGUGGUGGUCCAUAUGGGCAGUUUUAUCCCACAUUGUCUGCUUUGUUCCCCGAGGAACAUGGAUUGGGUUAUAGGUUUUGUUUGUUAAGUGAUUUGAAUGGCGGCAUUUCCAAAAACGGUAAAACGCCCUCAAAUUCAUCUCAAGUCCUAUUCACCAGAGAACUCCUAGUCACAUUCACACUCGCCAAAUUGUUUCCAAAUUCACAGUACCGCUUGGUCUCGAUAAACCAAUUCAAGUUUCAAAAGUUAUUUUUCAUUUCAAACUUUCCAAUUACCUUAAUACAUUAA